AACAUCAUGAAAAACCGGAAAUCUAUUUGAUUGAAAACCCAAAAAAAAAAAUAACAAAUUCGAUGUCUACCAAUUUUCUAUUAUCACCAUCAUUAUCGAUGAUUUUAGAAAAUCAUCAUCAUCAUUAUUUGGAUAGUUUGGGUGUAACAAACCAAGAAUUUUGUUCACCAACAACAACAUCUUCAUCAUUAAUGCCAUCGACUCAUCAUCAACAUCAAAAUCCGCAUCAUAAUUCAGUGAAUAUUCUUUCAGGACAGCAAACAAUACCACUACUUUCACCGCCACCACCACCAUCAUCAUCAUCAUCAGGAAUCGUUUCUAUUCCGGCUUCUGCGGCAAUUGCUGCAAUACCAUCAUCAUCAUCAUCAACAUCGUCAGCGGCAGCAUCUAAUCAUCAAUAUCAGGCGUCAUCCUCUAGGAAAACAUCUUUAAAUUCAACUACUAAGACAACGUCAUCAUCAUCAUCAUCAUUUUCAACAACUAUAACUAGUUUGAAUAAUAAUAAUAAUAAUCAUCGAAUACCUCCGCCUACAUCAUCAUCAUCAUCAAACACUUCUUCGAUUACUAACAACAUUAAUAAUCAAACAAUUCUGUCAUCGACAUUAUCGUUAGUUAAAAAUGAUUGUAAUAAUAAUGAUCAUUGUCGUAGUUUAGUGGCUGAAUCAUUAUCAUCAUCAUCAUCUCAACAUCAAUUGAAACGUGAUUCAUAUUUGAAUAACAUUGGACAACAACACCCAAUACCAUUUGUACCAAUAUCAUCAUCAUCAUCAUCAUUUUUAGAUAAUUUAUUAAUAAAUUUUACAAAUUCUAUGCCAUCAUCAAUUGAAUUGGCGCCAUUAGCAUUAGCAGCUAUUCAACAACAACAACAACAACAACAUAAUCAUCAUCAUUCACAUAAUCAACAACAACAACAACAACAAUUACAACGUGAUCUAAUGCAAAAUUUAUUACCAUUUGUUCCAAAUCAAAAUUGUCAUCAUACAUCAUCAUCGUCUUCGGUUGCUACAUUUCCAUUUCCUUUUCGUUUAUCAAAUUUUUCAUCAUUGAACAACAAUAAUAAUAAUAAUAAACCAUUAUUGAUGCGUUCACCAAUGGAUCUGGUGCUACGUUGUUCAACACCAAAUUGUCUUUGUGAAUGUUUUCAACCGGGUAAACCAUUGAUGCGUCAUUGUGCACAUUGUAAUCAUGGUUGGAUUGCACAUGUGAUGGAACGAUUAAAUCUGGAUAAAUUACUUAAAUAUGGUCCAACAGCAUCAUCAUUGGCUGCUGCAGCUGCAGCAGCAGCCGCAUCACAUAAUUUACCUGGAUUUACUAAUACACCACCUACAACAACAACAACAACAGCGGCAACGACAACACCAAAUAUUAUUGCCGGUACCGGUAAUACAUUAUUCGAUAUUGCAUCAUUAAUGUUAUUCGGUACACAUGCAUUACCAAUACGUUUGAAAAUAUUAUUAGAUCGAUUAUUAUGUACAUUGGAACAUGAUGAAUUAGUUAAUUUAUUACAUGCAUUUGGUUGGACAUAUGAUGAUUAUUCACGUGGUUAUAUGUUACAGGAUUCAAUUGGUAAUAUUCUAACCAAAUGGAUAAUCGUUUCGAAAGAAGAGGAAAUUUAUAUUAUACAAUUAUUUUUAAAAUUUCCUGAAACCAAAAUGAUUGCACAGAAUUUUGUUAUGAAUGAAACAAUGAUAUUACAAACCGCAUCCGCUGCCGCAGCUGCUGCUGCCUCAACAACUGCAUCAAAUAUUACAGCAUCAUCCGUACAAUACUCAUCAUCAGCUUUAUCACCAACAACAACAACUAAUACAACAACAACAUCAGCAAUCAAUGAUUCAUUAUCAUCAUUAAUGGCAAAUAAUAGUUGUAGUGCAAUAUUAUUGAAUAAUCAUCAUCAACAACAAAUGAAUUCACAAAAAUUAUCAUCAAAUAAUAUCAAAAUGAAAAUUAAUAAUGAUUAUAAAUAA